ACAGACUGCACGCUAGGUUAAGCACUAAAUUAGGUAACUGUCCAGUGACAGCGGAUAAACACCUGCUCGUGCGGAUCAUCCUGAGCCAGAGUAUAGACGGUGAACUGCUCUAAUACGACAAACAUUUGGACCAGGAUUUGAUCCAAGAGGGGGGAUUUGGACAGAAAAUGUCAGCCCUGAAAGGCAAGAGAAAAGAAUAUCUAUCUGUGAAGGAUCUGCAGAAGGUGCUGGACUCAUGCAAACUACAUCUUAAUCAAAUUGACGAGGUCUGGCCAAACAUAUACAUAGGGAAUGUGGCAGUAGCCCAAAACAAGGGUGCCUUGCUGAAAUUAGGUAUAACUCAUGUAUUAAACGCUGCUCACUCCAAGCGAGGCAGCAUAGGGAACCAAAGCUUUUAUGGCAACGACCUUGUGUAUUGUGGCAUUCCAGCAGAUGACUCGACAUACUUUGAUCUGGAUGUUUACUUUCAACCUGCAGCUGAUUUUAUCCAUAAAGCUCUGAAGUCACCUGAUGGGAAAGUUCUGGUGCACUGCAUCAUGGGAAUGAGCCGGUCGUCGACGUUGGUGUUGGCGUACCUCAUGAUCCACCGCCACCUCCCGCUCAAACAGGCCUUGCAGAAGUUGAUCCAGAAGAGAGCCAUCUACCCCAACAAGAAUUUCCUGGCCUUGCUGUUGGACCUGGAUCUGCAGAUGAAAAGAAAAAAGAAAACGUGUCAGAUUCUGUAAUCAAGAGCUGACGUUUACACAUUUCUAGCUACUCUGCGGCGCGGUUUCUGGGGACGGCGAUGCCGGUCAGACCGCAUCAGGCCAACAGUCGAGUCGGAAAUAUUUCUACAGCCAAUGGACUGUCGUAAAAAAUUUUUGUUCCACUAAUGACUAAAUGUCUGUCAGACUCAGAUGUACUUUUCGAUUAACUCGCAUAUCACAUUAGAAUGUUAAACAUGAAGAAAAAUACAUACAUCCACUCCACAGCAUUUCAUCUACUUAUCCCUCAGUUUUUUAUUAGCGUGUUAUAUAUUGAUAUGCAACUCUUUUCAUUUUUUGAUACCAUCAAACAAUGUGAGCACAUUUUGCAGAUUAACAUGCUUGUGUUAGAACUGACAUGGUACAUGUACAGUACAUGAUGCUAACAGUAUGUAAACAGCUGUUAACACACGUGAAAGUGUGACUGUAGUCACACAUUAAUACGCGUUAACAUUCAGUACAGUUGAGACUGACAAAGUCAGCUAUUCAAAAAAAAACCUUACCGUCUAAUCAAGAGUGCUACAGAUAUUGGAAUUUUUGUGACUAUGUCUUGAAAUAUGUUUCAUUCAUGUAAGAUGACUUUUUGUUCAGCACUUCAGUUUUGUAUCACAGCAGAAUGGACCAAAUGUCUAAUGUUUUACAAAGUAUCAUAUUUUAUUAAACUCCGUAGAUGACUCAGAAGAGAUGAGAAAUGUAA